AUGGUAAUCGAUGGUUAUAAUACAAACUCUGAAGAGGAGGAGGAGGAUAAAAGUAAUAAGAAAUGUACUGAAAUAUAUUUUAAUAAUUUAUCAAUUGUAGGUUUUGAUACAAAUAUAGGUGAGGAUAGAGAAGCAGUAAAGAUAUUCAAAAUAUUCAAAAGUAUAAAUAUAUUUUAUGAUGGGACCUUUCUUAAUGCUAUUCCAACACAUGUCAAUUAUUCAGCAUUAUUUGAUCCAGAUAAUUCAGGUCAACAAGUUAAAUCAAUUAUAGUACAAAUUGGACGUGAAGAAUAUUCUGAUUUUGUUGAACCACGUCAUUUAAUCAAAGUUAAUCAAUUUGAAAAUUUACAUUCAAUUACAUUUUCAAUCAAUUCAUUUCAAAUAUUAUCCAAUCUAUCGAAAGAAAUGGGAUAUUUUAGUUUCAAAUGUAUAAAAUCUGAUUUUGGUAAUUCAGAUAAUAUCAAAUCAGAAUUAAAUCAAAUGGUAAAUUCAAUCAUUACAAGUAAAUAUUUAAAGAAUUUAAAAAUAACAUCCAUUAAUACAGAAAAACAUCCAAUUGAUUAUGAUACUUAUUAUGAUUAUGGUGAACCUCAAGCUUUUGUUAAUAAAAUAAAUGAAACUGCAGAAUCAUUUUCAAAUUCAUUUAAACCAUUAUUUUCAGAAUUAAAUACAUCAAUCGAAAGAAUUGAAUUUGAUUGUAUGGAUCAAUACAUUUCAAAAUUAUUAAAUAAUAAAUCAAUUAAAUAUUUAUAUGAUAGUGAUUUCAUUGUUUACUCAUUAAAACCAAGUGGUGGUGCUGGUGGUGCUGAUGGUAGUCAAGUACAUAAAGAACCUAUUUCAAUUAAUCUAUAUCUAUUUGAUAACAUAUUUCCAUCACCAUUUACAUCAAUUAGACAUUAA